AUUCAUUCAAUAACCAUUCAAUAUAUCUUUGAGAAAACAAGAAUGGCUUCAAAGAACUCAGCCUCUCUUGCUCUUUUCUUUGCUCUCAACAUCCUCUUUUUCACCUUAACCGUUGCAACUAACUGCAACUGCAAGCCAAGUCCUAAACCCAAGCCAGUCCCAAAACCCAAGCCAGUCCCAAGUCCUAAGCCCAAGCCGGUCCCAUGUCCUCCUCCAGUCAGUCCUUCGGUCCCAACUCCUUCCAUCCCAAGUCCUAAUCCUAGGCCGGUCACACCUCCAAGCACCCCUAGUUCAUCUAGAAACUGCCCUAUAGAUGCUCUCAAGCUCGGUGUAUGUGCAAAUGUCCUAAGCAGUCUACUUAACAUCCAGUUGGGUCAGCCAUCAGCUCAACCAUGUUGCUCGCUCAUCCAAGGUUUGGUUGACCUCGACGCUGCGAUUUGUCUGUGCACUGCUCUUAGGGCUAACGUUCUUGGCAUCAACCUUAACGUCCCUGUAUCUCUCAGCGUUCUUCUCAACGUUUGUAACAGAAAGCUUCCGUCUGGUUUCCAAUGUGCUUGAACGAUAUCAGCUAUGCAUAGGAUGCGAUGCCCGUACACAAUAUACUCUUCAAAAUUACUACAGUUUGAAUAAAUGCAUAUUAGAGUU